CCAAUUCUGAAAAGGUAUACCUUCCAGCGUGCUCUGGGUAUCAGAAUACCGCUUCCUCUUGUACAUGUGUUCAAUUGUAGGAAGGAUUCCGGGGGAGAACAAGUUUCCAGGGAGGUUGGGCAAUGAGCUCGAUGCCAAACCAUGAAUGUGGGCCAAUCCUCGAGGGGUCUGUCGUAUGUUGCAUUCAACCAGGAUAGCACGCGGGUUGUCUUUGCUACCCGACACGGCCUCAGGAUUGUUGACUGCAACACCUGCAAGACUGUUUUCGAGCAGUUCGAUGGAGCUGUCGGCAUUGUGGAGCCGCUCUUCUCGACUAGCAUACUGGCGCUUGUUGGUGCUGGUGAACAUCCUGCGCUAUCCCCCAGGCGCCUUGGCAUUCUGAAUAUCACCACGGGUGCUCCAAUCGCUGACCUCAGCUUCAUCUCGUCUGUACUGGCAGUACGGAUGAACAGGAAGAGGCUGGUUGUGCUUCUUGAGCGCAAGACUCACAUCCACGACCUCCAGACCCUCCAGAUCCUGGAUACCCUUGAGACCGCUCCUAAUCCGAAGGCCAUCUGCGCCUUCUCCCCCAGCACGGAAAGUAGCUAUCUGGCCCUUCCUGCGAGCGCGACUGCAGGGGAGAUCGUUGUGUAUGAUGCCAUGCAUCUAACGGCUGUUUGCCAGAUCCAGGCCCAUAAGGCGCCACUGGCGGCGCUGGCCAUUAAUUCGGACGGGUCCCUCCUAGCGUCCGCGUCCGAAAGGGGCACCGUCAUCAGGGUGCACACAUUGCCCAGCGCUACCAAGGCUUUUACUCUUCGGCGGGGCACGUAUCCGGCUACCAUAUAUUCGCUGGCCUUUAGCCCCCCCGAAACAGUUCCUCCCCUUCUGGCUGCCGCCAGCGACACCGGCACGCUGCAUCUGUUCAGCUUAGCACCCAGACCCCCAACCCCGCCUCCUGCGGCGUCCCGCCCUACCAAGGCUGCGGAGGAGUACCUGCGGCGGCUGCUGCCCGAGACGAUGAGCGACGUCUUGGAGUGCGACCGCGCAUUUGCGUCCAUACCCAACAGCUCCCAGCCCGGCGUGCGCUGUUUGUGUACCUUCGCCCCUGAACGGGGUCGGCCUCCGGGAACGGGGCCAGGGUCCCAUGACCGCGCGCGUGUCCUGAUCAUCACCGCACAGGGUUACCUUUACGAAUAUUGUAUAGACUGUAGAAGCUCCGCGACAGAUAGGUGUAGUUUAGAAAGGGAGGUUGCUCUGUUCCCCAAAGAGUCUGAACAGACUACCGCUCGAUUCGUGUAG